AUGGAGCCACCAAUGAAAGAACAAAUGUGUGACAAGAAGAACCAUUUGGAAGACAAGCCGGACAUGAAGUUACAAUUCCUGCCAGAAGUACUACUACUGGAGAUUCUGUCAAAUCUCGAGUCCGACGUUUUGAUGCGGAUUUGCGGGCUGAUUCCGAGUGCGAUCCCGCUCUGCUUCGGUCUCAAGAAGCACUUCGACCGGGUGAAAAUCCAUGACAAUGCGGUGAUCAUCUACCCAUCGAGGGAGAGCCGUCUGGAAGCCACGUGGACCCCAGAACAAGCCCACUACAUCUUAAACGGAUGUACGAUCCGAGCCCUCGAUUACAACAUGGAUUACGGAGGGCAACUGAAUAUCAAAGGAGUCGAGGAUCUGUUUAUACACGGAGCCCGUCAGUCCAUUGAGGCCACCCAUCGAGCCGCCGCCCUCGUCCAACAAUGGCGGCCGAACACGGUCUUCCAUGACGAUGCGAAUAUGUACCAGGCGCCAAGUCGAGGAUUCGAGAAAAAUGCAGAAGGAAUUAUUGGAAAUCCGCCGGCCGCGAGAUACGCUGCGUAUGAGGAUGUAGACGGGCAAAUGGUCGAGGGUCUCUACAGCAAGGGAUUCAUUUCGUAUCUCAGGAACGAAUUCUCGAAGGGCAAGGAUUCGCGCCUCUACCAGCUGCCCGUCACCAUUCAACAAACGAUGGAUUCACAAAAUUCCGCGCAAAGAUUGAUUCGUGAAUAUUUGCGAGCAGACGAGGAGAAUAAAGGAAGAGAUCAGAAAGAGCAGCUGGACAGAUAUCGACGGAGCUACCGCAUCGCCAAGGACAACAUCAUCACCUCGAUUCGACGCUUUUAUCAGGGAAACGCAUACCCGUUGCUGAGCAAUGAUGACGCCGACAAGGCUCCGGAGCUGGUCGAGUCCCCAGCCGAGCUGGCCCUCGUUUGUUACGAUAUCCAGAAGGAGGCUGGGAAAAGUGAAGACCAGGCAAUUCGAGCUUGCCGGAAAGAGAAGAAGGCCGUUCUUCUUCGCCUCGUUUGUAACUCUUCGAAAGUAUGUGAUGACAAAGUUAUUACUUACUGGACAAUCGGAAACUCG